UUGGGAACCAUGAAUUCUCUGCAGAAUUGGAAGAAAGGUUUCCUAUGGAUGGUUUGCUUGUGUUUCCUACCUCUCUUGUUCCUUGCAAGCCCUUUGCCCCUGAAGGAAAAAGAUGCUCUUGCUAAUCAUUCUUGCAGGCUCAGAAAAACCAACUUCCAGCGAUUCUAUAUCAGGAACCAGACAUACACCUUGGCCAGAAUGGCAAGACUUGCUGACAAUGACACAGAUAACAGGUUUGUGGGGCAGCAUCUGUACAUUAGAAUCAAGGAGAAAAACCACUGCUACCUAAUGAAGAGAGUAACAGAGAUUGUGGUGGAAAAUGUCCUCUCUGAGCUAAAGAACCAGUAUCCCAUGGCUGAAGAAGUGGCAAAUUUCCUGGGCUGUUUGCAUAAGGAGUUGAGCAAUUGUAAACCAUUGGGACAUAAAGUACAUAUUGAAAGUAAUAUAGAAAAAAUGAAAGACAAGAUGAAACAGCUAGGAGAAAAUGGAAAGAACAAAGCAGUUGGGGAACUUGAUUUGCUAUUUGAUUAUCUGGAAAAUGCAUGCACGGAAGGAAUUAGCACCAGCAAGAGAAGCAACCAGAACUGA